AUGAAUGUGAACUGUGCUGCUGGCACAGACUGGUCUAGAAAUGUGGAGUCCAGUUGCCCUGUGGAAAACAGAACUGUAGCAACCCAUGAGCCAGAAGAAACUCAUGUGGUGCUAGCAGGUCACAGCCCUGCUGCACUUCCCAGGACUGAGGGUUUGGAUCCUGAGUGCCGACACACCUCUUGCCCCAUCAGCCCCCAGCUCAGCAGCAUGAUCUCUGCUCCUGAAGACACACACAUCUGCCACUUCCCAGAUGGAAACAAGAGACAGUCAGAGUAUUUUAGCAGCCAGGAACGCCAUGGGUGCUGCACAUUGUCCUCAGGCAGCAGCUCACAGCCAGGAGCUCCAGAGAAAGUGACCCUUGUGGUGGAUGGAACUCGCUUUGCAGUGAACCCCCAGAUCUUCACUGCUCACCCUGACACCAUGCUGGGAAGAAUGUUUGGCCCAGGAAGAGAGUACAACUUCACGAGGCCCAACGAGAAGGGCGAGUACGAGAUCGCGGAGGGGAUCAGCUCGGCUGUGUUCCGCACGGUGCUGGAUUAUUACAAAACUGGAAUCAUUAACUGCCCCGAUGGGAUUUCCAUCCCUGACCUCCGAGACACGUGUGAUUACCUCUGCAUAAACUUUGAUUUCAACACAAUCAAAUGUCAAGAUUUAAGUGCUCUGUUACAUGAGCUGUCCAAUGAUGGGGCUCACAAGCAGUUUGACAGUUACCUGGAGGAGCUGAUCCUGCCCAUCAUGGUGGACAGUGCCCGGAAAGGGGAGCGUGAGUGCCACAUCGUCGUGCUGACAGAUGAGGACACUGUGGACUGGGAUGAGGAUCAUCCACCUCCUAUGGGGGAGGAGUACUCACAAAUCCUUUACAGCUCCAAGCUGUACAGAUUCUUCAAGUACAUCGAGAACAGAGAUGUGGCCAAGGCUGUGCUGAAGGAACGAGGCCUGAAGAACAUUCGCAUCGGCAUCGAAGGCUAUCCCACCUGCAAAGAGAAGGUGAAGAGGAGGCCUGGGGGUCGCUCAGAGGUGAUCUACAACUACGUCCAACGACCUUUCAUCCAGAUGUCCUGGGAGAAGGAGGAGGGCAAGAGUCGCCACGUGGAUUUCCAGUGCGUCCGGAGCAAAUCCCUCACAAACCUGGUCACAGUGGGGGAUGAUGUCUCAGAGGACCAUGAGGUUAUAAUGCAUCACCCUCCACAAGUGGAUGAACUGGACAGGCUCAAUGCUCCUUUCUCCCAGAUGGUUGUGAAUGAUCUACCAGAUUAGAGGUGGCUCAGGAUGGAGAGUCCUGGAUGUGGGAACAUCUCAGCAUGGUUUCAUCCCAGGUGAUGGACACAGACCCUGCAAGGUGCUUUAUCCUGGUUCAUGCUCUUACUCCGUUGUCAUAUUUCAAGCAUGUUAAUAAAGAGCAACACUCUGUAGUCUUAAUUGUGCAAUCAAAAGCAACAUCUC